AUGGCCUCCUCGGCAGCAUACUCCGAGAUCAAUAAGCUAAAUCACAAACAGCAGAUCGACGGAAGCAGGUUGUUUAAAGAUGUCAAAGCCUACUAUGCAGCAGUGAAAGGCAUGCAUGAGACAUCUAAGCGGCUAUCCCAGACGCUGAGCGACAUCUAUGAAUCAGACUGGGAUGGAGUGAAAGAUCUCGCUGUUAUAACAGAAAGUGAAGACUUGCUGUGGAACGACUACGAAGAGAAGAUAAAUGACCAGCUUGUCCGCACUAUGGAGAACUAUACAAGCCAGUUUCCUGAAGUCAAGGAACGAGUUGCCAAGCGUGGACGGAAACUGGUGGACUAUGACUCAGCUCGACACCACCUGGAGGCGCUGCAGGGUGCAAAGAAAAAGGAUGAAGCUAAAAUAGCCAAGGCAGAAGAGGAAUUCAACAAAGCUCAGAAUGUCUUUGAAGAAAUAAAUAACGAGCUGCGCGAGGAGCUGCCUGUUCUCCAUCAGAGUCGGAUAGGUUGCUAUGUGACGGUCUUCGAAAACAUUUCCAACCUGAGGGAUGUUUUCUAUAAAGAAAUGAGCGGGUUGAACCGUGAGCUGUACAAUGUGAUGAAGAAACUGGAGACUCAACACUCGGGCAAAGCUUUCAUCAUCAAGGGCCUGAACAGCACAAGCAGCAAGUCAAAGAAGAGAAAGUCCCUGGCUAUAUCCAAUCCCAUACCCUGCAACACCGCUUUCCCAGCUGACCACGUCUCCGUGCAUUCCCAAAACGGCAAAGAUGCUGCACCCUCUUCCCCUGUCCCAAAGACUCAAAACAUCGCUGAAGAAAGCAUCCCGGCAGAAGAGAGCAGCAUCCCUUCGAAAAGUGUUAGCUCAUCAGAUUCCGAUCUCAGCUUGAGUGGCACCGGCUCACCCAAGAGGCAGUCGCUAUGUGACAAUGACAACAGCGACAGGAGCGACACGAGCAGUCAAAAUCCAGAGGCAGCAGCUGCGUCGGAGCCCGCUGAAAGCCAGUCAGAAGACAGCAAGGAGGGAGAACCAAAGUCGGAGGCAGCAGCAAGCCAGGAGAUCACUGAUCCCUCGGAUUCUGCUGGUGGCGAUGCCCCACAUAAGGAUGCUGAGAGCGAUCCAACAUCAGAGGAGGCCAAUACCAAACCGGCACCAGUUCCAGCCCCUCGUGUAUCCUUCCGCUCCAAUGAAAGCCCCCUCUUACCUGCUAAGGAGCAGGAGGAUUUGGACGAAGGGUUAGAGUCAGGAGAUGACUCGGGUUCCCCCAGUCCACCAGGCUUCCUCUAUAAGGGGGUGGCACUAGAGAGUCACGCAGCAUCUGAAGAAGGCCUGCUCCAGUUUGAAGAGGGCGACGUCAUCAUGGUUCUUGCUGACACUCAACAGGAGGAAGGUGUGGUGAGGGGGGUCAGGGAGCAGAGCUGGAACGAGCACCAGGAUGCAGAAAAUCACUCCGGGAUCUUCUCGGAAAAACUUAUCCGACCCAUUAAAGAAGAGUGAGGCAAUAGUCACUGCUCGGUCUGUAAUCUGUUUCUUCUUCCAUCAGGCACUUCUGGUGACUCACACGCGCGCACACACACAUACACAGCCUCACACACACACACACACUGAGAGGGAGUGAACCCAUAUGUUAUGGGUGCAGAAGCUGUCCAAACAAAUGAGCACAAUUCCCACGUGGUUUCCCUCAUGCUAUGAUGUUGCAACUUGUGGAACAAAAGCGAACGAGCCGAAGAACAUUUUGUAAAAGACAUUUGGAAAUCUUAAGGCAUGGAUCUAUGAGACACUGUUUUUAAGUUUUUAAGCCCAUGUUAUUAUCCUGUGUAAUGUUUCCUAAUAAAGUUGUAAGAAAAAAAAAAA